AUGGCUGUUGCUUCUUCUUCCGCUUCUCCUCAGGAAAAGUAUGAUGUUUUUCUUAGUUUCAGAGGUGCGGAUACGCGCUAUUAUGCUGCCUUGUGUCAAAAACAUAUCAAUGCAUUCAUGGAUGAUGAAGAGCUUGAAAGAGGGGAGCAAAUUUCUCCAUCUCUUUUGAAUGCAAUUGAGCAAUCAAACAUUUCGUUGAUCAUUUUCUCUCAAGGGUAUGCUUCUUCGAGAUGGUGCCUUGAAGAACUCGAAAAGAUUCUUGAAUGCAUGGACAGGUAUGGUCAGAUUGUAAUGCCAGUCUUCUAUAAUAUAGAUACCUCAGAUGUUAGGAAUCAGUAUGGGAUUUUUGGGGAUGCAUUUGCUAAGCAUGAAGAACGGUUUAAGGGUAGGCAGGAUGUGUUACAGAGAUGGAGGAGUGCUCUGAGAAAAGCUACCAAUCUAUCUGGCUUUGAUUCAAAUGUCAUCAGGUAA